AUGGCCAGGAAGCCUCUGAAGCUCCCCAGGAUGUUGCUGUCAGCUGAUCCCCUUUUGGGAGGGGAGGAAAAAAGAGCGGAAGAGGCGGGAGGAAUGAAGUGGGGAGCGGGAGAAAAAAUUGGCAGAAGGGGUGAGAACUUCGGAAAGGGCGUGGAGGCCGGUGCCACCAGAGACAUCGGCUCAGCUCUGACGAGGAUGUGCAUGCGACACCGCAGCAUCGAGGCAAAACUACGGCAUUUCACCAAUGUCCUCAUGGAGGGCCUGGUUAUGCCACUGCAAGACAGGAUAGAGGAAUGGAAAAAGACAGCGAAUCAGCUGGACAAAGACCAUGCCAAAGAGUACAAGAGGUCUCGUCAGGAAAUUAAAAGGAAGUCAUUAGAUACCAUAAAACUCCAGAAGAAAGCAAGAAAAGGCCGGGGAAACCUGCGGCCCCAGCUGGACAGCGCCAUGCAGGAUGUAAGCGACAUGUACCUGCUGAUGGAGGAGACGGAGAAGCAGGCGGUGCGAAGAGCUCUCUUGGAGGAGAGAGGACGUUACUGCUCAUUUAUCAAUUUACUUCAGCCUGUGGUGAACGUGGAAAUCGCCAUGCUGGGAGAGAUAACCCAUUUACAAGCCAUAGUCGAUGACCUCACUGUGUUAACUGAAGACCCACAUAAGCUGCCCCCCGCCAGCGAGCAGGUGAUCAGGGACCUGAAAGGCUCCGACUAUAGCUGGUCCUACCAGACCCCUCCUUCCUCUCCCAGUAGCGCCAGCUCCAGGAAAAGCAGCAUGUGCAGCUUGCUCCAGAUGCCCUCAGCUGGAGCCCAUAGGCUCAGCAGCGUCUCCUCCCAUGACUCUGGCUUCGUCUCCCAGGAUGCCAACACCCAUUCUAAGCCUCCGUCACCCAUGCCCUCUGAUAUCACCAGCCAGAAAUCAACAAGCUCAGCCUCCUCUGAGGCUUCAGAAACCUGCCAGUCUGUCAGCGAGUGCAACUCUCCUACAGCGUUUGGCUCAUGCUCAUCCUUCGGUACCUUUCGCCCUGCUUUCUCUCACACUGGCACCAUCAGGCCUCUGUCUGUCAUACCUCCUGCGUCCCCCACAUUUAACCACCCUCUUGGAUCCAACAGUCCCUCACCCUCAUCAAAGGUUCCUAGCUGGAAGGAAUGGGCCAAGGCCAGUUCCUGCGAGCCAUCGCUGGCCAGCACACUGCAUCGUAGAAAGGAGACCGUGGAUAAGAUGAGAGAAAUGGAGGCUCCGCCCAGUCCGCAGGGAUACUCCGGCAUUCAGCCCGACGAUCCCCACAGAGUGAGAAGUGGCCCUGGAAUGAUAACGGCCAAGCACGGAGAGCCCCUGUCUCCAGCGGCCAAUACCCUGGCGAUGGUUCUGACGAGAGGCUUGAGCAUUGAGCAGCAGAAGAGCAGCAGAGACUCUCUGCAGUACUCCAGUGGCUACAGCACCCAGACCAACACCCCCUCCUGCUCUGAGGACACCAUACCCUCACAAGGUUCUGAUUAUGAGUGCUACUCUCUCAAUGGCGAUGCUGACAGUGAGGGGCAAGCGGACUUUGACAAGUCUUCCACCAUCCCCCGCCACAGCAACAUAGCUCAGAGCUACCGCCGUAUGAUCCAAACCAAGAGACCUGCCAGCACGGCGGGUAUACCUGCAGGAAAGAGCCUGCAGGGCACUCCUAAUGGUGGCGGGGGAGGCCUUUCUGCAGCUAUUUCCUCCGGAACCGCCACCAUUCGCCGGACACCAUCCUCAAAAACUGGCGUGAGACGCACGCCUUCCACCUCAGGCCCCAUUCCCAUCCGCCCCCCCAUCGUGCCGGUUAAAACUCCCACGGUACCAGACUCUGCGGGGUACGCUAGCCCAUCCCAUCAUCACACAGGCAGCGAGGAGUUUCUAUACGGCGAUGACCCCUCCGCUAACGACUACGCCAGGGCUUCUCCAAAGCGAAUGAGCCUCCCUGACACAGCUUGGGGCUACGGGGGAGGAGGAGGAGGAGGAGGAGGAGGGGGAGACAGGGCUGUUUACACCCAGCAAGCUGCUGGCAUAACCUCCCACGGUGCGGAGGAGGACCCCCUGCUCGCUGCCAACCGCCACAGUCUGGUGGAGAAGAUAGGAGAGCUGGUGGCCAGUGCCCAUGCCCUCGGUGAGGGUCAGUUCCCGUUCCCCAGUUCUCUACCGGGGGAUUCGGCUCAGCGCGCGCCCAGGGAGCCCCCCUCCGCGGCCCCGAAAGACGUGGAUAUGCUGGUGACCAUACGGCGGGGGGUGAAGCUGCGCAAGGCAGUCACUGAUGACAGAUCAGCUCCCAGGAUUCUUCGGUAG